AUGGCUGGGCUCAAUAACAGCUGCACUGAUUUGGAAUCGCUCCUGAAACAUUACUACCUAUCUGUCUCUUAUGGCAUAAUCUUUAUCGUGGGCCUGGUGGGAAACAUAUUGUCUAUCAGCAUUUAUCUGGCGAAACUGCGUCCUUGGAAGAGCAGCAGCAUCAUUAUGGUCAACCUGGCACUAAUGGAUCUACUCUAUGUCCUCACCAUGCCCUUUUUGGUCUACUACUACAGCAACAUGGAAUCAUGGAUGCUUGGCGACUUCAUGUGCCGCUUUGUGCGGUUUGCCUUUCAUUUUCACCUAUAUGGGAGCAUCCUGUCCCUGUCUUGUGUUGCUGUUUUUCGUUUCGUGGUGGUGAUCCAGCCGCUAUGGGUGAUACAAGUGCAACAGAAGAUUUGGGGUAUAGUUGCUUGCUUAGUUGUCUGGACUGUCGCUGCUGCUGAAGUUACACCAAUGCUUACCAUCAUAUUCCUAACCCAUAAGGACAACAUGACAUUUUGUGUUGACUUUGCUAACACAGAACCAGUUGUCAGCAUUCGGGAGUAUAACUGGUUGCUCACUGCGUUCGGGUUUGCUCUACCCUUAGUGCUGGUGUUCAUCUGUUACAUUGGGAUUGUGAAACAGCUCACUGGUGGAUCCAGCACUACCAGUUCCUACAGGAUGCGAGCACGGCGUGUGACCGUCUUCAUCCUAGUGGUGUUUGUCAUGUGCUACCUGCCAUACCACACCUUGCGAGUACUGUGGGUUGAAAUUCAAAUCAGUUCUUCAACACAAUGCACAAAGUACAUAGUGAAUGCAGCUUAUAUUAUCUCACGGCCUUUGGCUGGACUUAACACAUUCUUUAACCUGGCUUUGUACACUCUCUCAGGCGAUAGUUUCAAGAAGGCCUUUCUGGACAUAUUUUGUUGGGAAGAAUGGGUGAACAAAGCGAGAUCUCGGCUCCACCUGAAUAUUUUUAACCGAGCAGAGAAUGACAUGGCUGCUGCAUAACUUAGAACCACAGACUUCUUUUUGUAAGCAAACAGCCGAAUGGACACUAGCACUAGCAUAACUGGACAAUUAGCUCUGACUGUAUAUAUAGGCAAGUUCAAGUAUUUUCUGUCUUACUUGAGUGGUAUGUCUUUUUCAUAUUUAAAACAGUAGCCAAGACAAAUGGUACUUCUGUGUCACAUUUUACA